AUGGGAAAGCUUAUAGAUGAAAAGUGCGAAAUUAAAAGAAUAGAUGAUGUUGAAUAUAUUAAACAAAAUAUUAAAGAAUCAGUUAAUCAUAAUAUAGAAUGUAUGGAUGCCUCUGAUAAUAAUAAUAAUAAUAAUAAUACAAGGAAUAAUAUAAAUAAUGUGAGUAUCAUAAAUAAACCUGAUGAUGAAAAUAAUGAAAGGGACAAACUAAAAAUAUUAAAUAACAAAGAAAAUAAUAUAAAUCCUACCACAAUUACAAAAUUGUUAAAUAUAAAUCAUGAAGAUAAUGUUAUAUCAUAUAAUUAUACAUUAGUAUCAUAUAAAAAUUAUAAUAUAUUUUUUAUAUCUCAUAAUGGAAAAUUUGCUUCGUGGGUUUAUUCACAUAAUGUUAUGUUGCCUAUGUCUGUAGAUCAAGAAACAGAAAUUAUUUUUGGUGAAAGAAAUUAUCCUUACUUAGAAAUUUUUUGUUCAAAGUUUAUGAAAGAUCAUGCAACACUUUUAAAAUAUAAACCAAUCAUUUUUGCAAUAUCUAUUUAUAAUAUGUCUUUUAAUGAUACCAAAAUUUUGACACAAAUAUUUGACCAUUUAAGUAACAUUAUAAAGGAAACACGUCCAACAUAA